AGUAGCCCGAGUAUUCGCCGUAAUGUCGACCAUUAUAAAAUUCGAAGAAUUCCUCGGCUUGGCAAGUUUUUUCUGUUACAAUAUCGGCAUUAAACUGUGGGGACCAAACGAUGGUUUCUGGUUAAACUUUUGGUUGUGCCUUACCUCCAUCAAUUUGUUUCUAACAGUCUUUGCGGAGUGUAUUUACAUCAUCAUGACCAUUAGGUCGGACUUUAUAGUCGCCAUUAUGACAUUAUCCUAUGUCAGUUUCAUUGUGGUUGCGUAUGUCAAGUGGUACUAUCUCUAUAACUAUCAAACUGAAAGAAAUGCGUUUUUCCAACGUCUGGAUGCGCUCUUUCCGCACACGAAAUCCGAACAAGAAAGCAUAAAGUUGAGUGAAUAUUUUCGUUUGAAUAAGUUGGCAACUCGUGGUUACACAAUCACUUUUAUGGUGGUCAUUUGGAUCUACAAUUUGUAUACGAUCUCGCAACGUUUAAUUUAUACGCAACUGUUGCAUGUACAUAUUGAACGCGUGCUACCCUAUCAAGCUAUGUAUCCGUGGGAUUGGCGCGAUAACUGGACUUAUUACGUGAUUUAUGUGACGCAGGGUUUUGCCGGCUUUCAUGCGACCUGCGCCCAAAUCGCCUACGAUCUGUUGCUCUGCAUCUUAUCCAUACAACUGAUCAUGCAUUACGAUCACAUUUCACGUAGCUUGGAGGGAUAUCAAACGAAGUUUGCCGAAGUGCAUGGCAUAGACAUCAAUAACGGUUUACCGCCAUUGACGUGUGCGGCAGUGGAACUUAGAGCGGUUAAAGAGGAUAUCAAAUUAAUAUCGAAUAUUGUGUCGUAUCACAAUGAAUUACUGAGUUUGUCGAUGUCGUUGAACAAGCUGUUUGGAAUGCCGCUUUUUGUGAAUUUCUUCACAUCGUCGGCAAUAAUUUGUUUUCUCAGUUUUCAAAUGUCCGUUACCAGAGAAGUUGAUUUACUAAUGAAGCUGGCGGUCUUCUUAUUUUUCUCCGUAAUGCAAGUGUAUCUGAUUUGCCAUUUUGGACAAUUGCUAAGCGAUGCGAGUACCAAUGUGGCAAGUGCUGCAUAUUUCCAGGACUGGUCUUAUGCCGACGUACGCUUUCAGAAAAUGACAAUAUUGGUGGCUCAACGUGCACAGGAGGCGGCUGCUUUGAAGGCAACAAACUUCAUAACCAUCUCAUUGGACACCAUGACUGUUAUCAUGCAAAUAUCGUACAAAUUCUUCACAGUCUUACGUACAAUGUAUGCUGAUUAAUUUUUGUUGCGGAAAUCGCAGAGCUCGAAUUAUAUUAUUAUAUAACAACUGUAGUAAACACGUCUAAGUGAA